AUGGGCUCAAAUCACCCAAAGGGUAGCGCCGACGCAUCUCCACACAGGGAGGAGGAGCAAGUUCACGCCGACACCGAACAUAGCGCUCCACCUCCUACUUCCAACGUAGCAGCGCCGAAGGCAGCGGAGGUGCACAUGACGGUAGCUCCUACCACACCGCCUCCGUCAGCGGAGCAGGUGCCUAUGGCGGUACCGGGAGAGGAGCUGCGCAAGCUUACGAUUCCACAGCAGCAGCGCUCGUACCGCAAGCUAUUGACGAUGGCGGAAGUGCAGGAGUUGAUUUCCAUAAACCCAGACCGCACGCUGGUAGUAAUUCAUGACAAGGUCUACGAUGUGACUACUUUUCUCCCUUUUCAUCCUGGCGGCAGCUCCGCGCUGCGGAGCAACAACGGCAAAGACGUGACGGAGGCCUUCUUCAGCAUGCAUAGUGCUACUGCAGCAGAGAAGCUGCCUGCUUUCUUGAUUGGCGAGCUAGCGGCACCCGAGAAUGCGUCUGCCGCUGCUGAAGAGACAUCAACUGCUGCUCUCGUCCCUGCGCAUGUGCGUAUGGCCGACAUCACGAGGGCCCUCAGUGUGGAUCCAAGGCGGAUCAUUCUUCUUCUUUUUGGCUAUGCCUACGACGUGACACCAAUGCGCGACAAGCACCCUGGUGGCCUACACGUGCUGCUGAACAGCAACGGUCGUGAGUGCGGCGACGUUUUUAUGCGCAUUCACGGCCAUAAGGCGAAGAAAAUGGUGCAGCAGUUCUGCCUGGGUCCUGUGGAAGGUGUGGCAAACGGGCAGUCUCCGCUACGAUCAGCGGCCGCGGUUGAGCUAGAUUCCGCUGACACCCAACCAGCGGGACUCAAGGCUCAGUCCGCUCGGAUUUUGGAGAUAAAGCUGGCGAACUCAACGGGCACCAUCCAGUACUUCACUUUUUCAUGCUGGAAGCCACUCGACAUCAUUCCUGGUGGAUACAUCAAACUCUACAGCAACCUGCGUGCGGAUGAGGGCCGCUUCUACACGCUGUUCAAGACGGAGGUGACGAGCUUCACGAUUUGUAUGAAACACUACCCCACUGCCCGCACAUCUGGGUACUUCUUUGACCGCAAAGAGGGCGAUGAAGUCUUCUUCGACGGCCCUUUUGCUCCCUCCUGGCGGCUCGACAUAGACCCCUCUGUGCAGCGCGCUGAGCCGAAGGAGCGCCACGUGGUGCUACUUGCUGGUGGAACUGGUAUUACACCCCUGUACUCCAUCUCCUCCAACGCGCUCGAGACGCAAUCGUGCAGCGCCACCUUAAUUUUCUCUGUCCACACACCCGACGAUCUUAUCUUGGGAGAAGAGCUCAGUCGACUUGCCGCCUGCUACUCAAAGGCUCUGCCGAUCCAGAGGCACACAUUUUGUGUUGUGCUUCUCUUCUCUCGCGCGUCACAGCAGGAUGCAUCAGUGGAGUCCACAUCCUUCGCCUCGCACGUGCUUUGUGGCGGGCGUCUCACGGCAGAGACUUUAAAAGGUAUAGAUAUCCCCCCUGCUCAAGCGGCUGUCCUGUGCGGUCCUCCCGGCUUCAAUGAAGCCGCAGCUGCUGCAGUGCUGGAGGCAGGGAUCUGCACUGCCACUCAGGUGUAUUGCUUGUAG